AGCAUGUCAUGUUUUCACAAUAAGUUGUGUUGCGUAUAAGCUAAGUUGGAUUAUAGUUGGAGUAGAGGCUAAUUUCUAAUGUACACUUGUUUUAGCAUCUCACAAUUAUUGGUGUUUGCAAGUUACCAUAUAAGUUUAAUAGCACUAAUUUGACCAAGGUAAAAGAAAAAAUAAGGUGCCGUUUUUGCUAGGCCACAGUAGCCGUUUUCGCUCGAGUCGAGGUGCCGUUUUCGCCAAUCGGUGCCGUUUUCGCCCGGUGACGUUUUGCCGAGGUGCCGUUUUCGCUAUAACCCGUUACAGGUAGUAAUAGUAAUUUUCAAGAAUAUGUAUCAGUUGAAUACAAUGACUUCUAGUAGAUCUACUGUCCUUUGUUGUUUUGGGUAAUUGAAUAGAAGGAAAGACGGCAAUUGUGAUAAUUUUUCUGGCAGAAUUUGAGCUAGCAGUGUCAUUGACAGAUUCACAUUAGAGUAGAGUAUCUGUUGGCCUAGCCCAAAUGUUUUUUACAAUACGCUGCUGCCCAUUAAACAAGUUUUGAGACCUUAAAUGGCGUGUGUUAAGGGAGUCAUGAUCACUGUAACUUUAUUAACCAAAAUUGUUAAAGAUGUCUGCAACUGCGAGUAUGAUUUUUGUAUAUAUUGACAGUCAUCUAACAACAUAUUUCAAGUCAACAUGUCACUGAUGUGAAGUGACUGAGCUGAGAAACCACUGACUUGAUGUCAAAUAUUAUGAUGUAAUAUGCCAAACAAAAAGUGAAUUUAUUCCAAUUUUACGAUGGUUAGCAUAGGGUAGUGCCAUAACAUUCUUUCAACUAUGACAUCACUGUAUUGUAACAGGUAUUGCAGACUUGAAAUAAAUAUCCCCCAGACCACAGGACUGGCUAGUUAAGAAUAUUACCAGUCCUAUUCAAAAGUUGCCAGUACCUAUGAAGAUGCGGACAAAUGGCCGAAGACAUGGAGUGGACUCCCCAGCACAGCUGGAACUACAGCCAGUAUAGCCAUAAUCAAGAACAGCAAACUUUACAUUGGACACGUUGGAGACUCGGGUAUUGUGCUAGGACUUGACAAGGGACCUCCAAGUGCAGUUUUCAUGGAUGCCAAGUGCCUUACAAAGGAACACAAGCCUGACAGCCCGGAGGAGAAGUCUAGGAUAGAAAACUGUGGAGGGGCGGUGGUGGCCAAGUCAGGUGUGCAGAGGGUGGUAUGGAGUCGGCCAAAGGUGCACCACAAGGGGCCCAUCAGGCGCAGCACACAGAUUGAUAAAAUACCAUUUCUUGCAGUUGCCAGAUCUUUAGGUGACCUGUGGAGCUAUGACUACUUCAGUGAGAAGUUUGUGGUGUCCCCCGAGCCAGAUGUGGCGGUUCACAAGUUGGACCCCCAGCGACACAAGUGUCUUGUCCUGGCUUCUGAUGGCCUCUGGAACAUGCUCAAGGCGGAGGAAAGUGUGGCCAUUGUUUCCGAGCUGGAGAUGCACUUUGAAGACAGAGUUGUCAAUGAUGAGACAGUUCCUCUAAGCUACUGGGUGAAUCCUGCUGAGCGUCUGGUUACCAGGGCCCUCAAUAAGUGGCGAGCACGGAUGAUGAAGGCAGACAAUACAAGUGCAAUUGUUGUCCUUAUUGAUCCCCUAGGGCCGAGCAAACUAAGUAUACUCAAGAAGAGGAGAGAGGAGGCCAUUAAGGCCAAGUCCAGCACAGGGCCAAUUACUGCUGAUGGCCACAAGGAUGACCAGGACAUGUGUGCUUCAGAGAAGUCACUCAACCCAGAAAAUGCUGUUGCUGCUGCUUCUGAGCCACCAAGUACACCUCAGCAAGGUGCUUCUCCUCUACCUACCACACCCAAAAGUGCCCCAGCUAAACUUAGUACAAGACUGCUGAAUGCUGGAAGAGAGAGCGACAAGGAGGCAGACAAGAAGAAGAGGGAGUCACUGUGUGAAAAGAAUGCCCAGAAAUUAACUCUACCCCAUUUGCAGUCUGAUGUAUUAGAUGAUAGUGUUCAGUUACUCUCUUCUCUGAAGACGGCUCCCUCAGCGUCUGCUGUGCCAUCUGACUCGUGUGCAUCGUCCAAACUUCCAUCUCUAUCUUCUAAUGGCUUUACCUCUAUUAAGGAUUCCAACACUUUACCUCACUGUGAGCCAAGUACCCACAAACUUGGUCCUUGGCCAUGUUCCAAUUCCCCUGACAUGCAUCCAGUUGACAGCUCUGAUGCAUGGACAACAAAGAGUCGAUCCGAGAAUGUAAGGACUCGAAGUAUGUCUGGGGGCAACACACCAGCCCCAGGAGUGCUUUGUCAGCAGAAAGCUCAGGGUAAUAACGACAAGAAUAAAGCCCAUUCAGCUGGGUGUGACGGGGUUCUGAAGCCAACCAGACUGUCUGGAGCUGGGAAAGUGCUGCGACACCAGGAGGAAAAUCACUUGCUCAGGGAUGCUAAGGGUAAAAAGGGGAAGAGGAGGCAUCAGGACUUUGUUGUGUCCAAGUUGGAGGAUGUGAACAAAAAUAACUCGAAUGAUAUGAGCCACUAUUGUACAAAACAGAAAAACAAGCAUUCCAAGGGAAUUGUCAGAAAAACAAGAAGGACUUUGCGACAAGCUAAAGAUGCUGCUAAACGUGCUAUGUGCCUUGAGAACAGUCUCUUCCUUGGGGGUAAAUGCUUGAGAAACCAGAACAGUAGCAAGCGGAAAAAUGAAGAUUCUCUCAAUGGACCUGUUGCAAAACGACUUAGGCGAUCUGAUUCAAAGACGUUUCCCUUAUAGUCUGUAGCAGAACACUCGAGUACACCUCUAGUAUAUAUACUAUUUAUGGUGCUAUGGUAUAGCUACUUCAUGAUUCUUUGUAAGACAGGGGACUUAACCUCAUUUUGACAACUUAAGUUCAAACCUCAUUUGGGGGCAAAAUAAGGAAACAGAGUUGGUUCUAUGUACAUUUAUUUACCUUUGUUUCACUUCCUUCUCUUAAGAUAAACUUUUAGCAGGUAAAAAUCUAGUGAAAACGUUUCAGCAACUCAUUGUUUUUGGCGCAGACUGCUCAGUGGUGUUCAAAACAUACCUGAAAAUGCAUCCAAUCUGGAGAUGGACAAUUGUUUAGCAAUGGAAAAAUAUCUGCAAUUGUAUGGUGUAUAUCUGUGUCCAGUCAGUGGGUAUGCAGAAAGUUUAGUGUUGCAAUGACAGUUGGGAACAAGGUAAUAGUAUUAAAAAUGGUAUGUACAGAUUGAUUCAACUCCAAAGGUGGAGUCGUCAAAAUACACCAUCGCCAGUUGUUCAGCAAAGUGAGAUAAGCCAGUUUGACACUGACCAAUAAACAUUUGGUGAAAGGACUUCAAAUUGGCUUAACUUAUGCAGCUGUGGUCUUUCCAGAACUAGGAGUAUUAUUAUGGUCCAUAUACAGUCCAUGACGGAGAUAUAAUGAACUUCUGUUUUGGCCUUGAGGUUAACAUAAGGCUUUCUUUGUUUAUCAUUAGACAUGGCAGCAGACUAGGCAGCAUAUACCAGGAGAUAUAAUUACAUGUAUAAUAAAUAUGUAUGGGAUGAAAUAAUCGAGAAUUCAUCUAGCUAAUGAAACUGUACAACAAUUAGUCCCACAGUUUUCCUAAUCCUGUAAGGGGACAUCUCCAUUGAUACACACAUCCUUAGCAGUCUGUGGACGAAACAUUUGCACUUGUCCUUUACUAGUACAUGUACACGUCAUAGUCUAUUGAGAUCUAAUUUUACAAGAUAAAAAGAUCUUUUACACCGGAUUAAUACUUUCGACUGGUGGCUGUAAUCACAGAUUUGUAAUCUGAAAUAUCUUAUGUUUUUCAAUUUCUAUGUUUUACAUUGUGCAGCAGACCUUUGCCACUGAGACAGACGCCAAUGUGUUCCUGAAAUGUUAACAGUUCUGUCAUGUCCAAGCUUGUUGAAGUACUUCAACUUUCUACUCAGGGAAUAUGUGUUGUCCAAGUGUAGUGCAUACUUCUAAUCACAGAUGUUGUUCAGCUUGUGUUACAACAGGGGAUAUUGAGGCAGCAGACUAUUACCACAUAGUUAGCAGCUGAUUGACCUUCAUUGGACUCAGCUAUUUUUGUCCAAGUUGGACAGCUAUUUAUCAUAUACAGUUGAUAUUAAGAGAGCAGAGCAAUCUGGAUGACAAAAUUACUUUCAAACAAACCCAACAUGCUCUUUUUAAUAAUUUUAAUUGAAUGUUAUCACUAAUUCAUAAACUCAUCAAUACAAGAUACUAUAAGCUUUAUUCUGUAUCAAUGUGUAUGGUAUCACAUAUUGCAGUUAUCAUCAGCGCAUCUCAUGGUUCCCAAACCUGACCCUGAUCCAUACAGCAUUUGUAGUGCUAAGACUAUUGGACUCUAGGUUAACAAUAGAUGUGUGAUUGUCGUGGUGCUUCGAUGAUUGGAUCUGUAUAGGUUAACAUAGAUGUAUACUUGUCAUAGUGCAACGACAAGUAUAGGUUAACAUGAACGUACGAUUGUCGUGGUGCUACGACCAUUGGAUCUCUAUGGGUUAAUGUAGACGUAUGAUGAUCGUGGUGCUACGACCAUUGGAUCUGUUUAGGUUAACAUAGACGUAUGAUUGUCAUGGCCCAAUAACUUCAGGAUCUCUACAGGUUAACAUUGACAUAUUGUUUGUCCUAAUGCAAUGUGAAUCGAGACCCUGAUCAACAUUUUAGUUGUUUUCAUAUGAAGUUCAUCACUCACUCUGAUUGUGAUGUUGUCUCAAAAUAACAUUGACAUUUUGACAUGGAAUGUGUUUUUCAUAUCCUUUGUUGUAUCAGUUUUGGGCUAUUUUGUUCUAAACAGUGAAUCCUGCCUUUUUGGUGUAUUGUUCUGACCUAGACUUUCAGCUGAUACAUGUGCUGGAGCCUGUUUUUCUUUGUACUGCUAUACGAAUAGACAGUAUUUCUAGUAGAAGGGGGAAUAGAAUAUUUUGUGAGAACUUGACAUGUUAAGACAAAUGAUGAAGAAGCAGGCAAUAAUCUACAACAAAGCAUCUAACCUCAUUGAAAUAACUCCCAUCAUUGAAAGUCAAGGAAAUCAUUCCACCAUGCUUUGAAAUACAGGGUGUGCAACACUCCAGCAAUGGCAUCCUUGCCAGGGCUUAGUUUCAGGGGUUUUGUAUGACAUUUCAGUCCUAUGACAGAUUCCCAACCCAGGCUGGUCUGAGCACUGCCAUAAUUGUAUAUACUACCCAAACUAUUUUAAUCUAUAUUUGAGGCAGCACAUGAACUUUUAAUCAAGAUUUUGUACAUUUUGCUAUGUCAGUUUGUAGAAAGUUCUUAUGUUGUAUAUAUUAUUAUCAAAUUAUGAAAUAAAACAAACUAAAUUAUGA